UCCGGUCCUCAGCAGCUAGAGGUUGCUAACAGACGUUGACGCAGAUUUUAUACCUUAUGUAAUGUGUUUAAGAGACUUUUAAAACACAUACACAUACUUAGUUUAUCCUUGGAGGGUGAUUUAUCCGUGCUUUUAUCCGUUAAACCGUGUUUUUGUUGCUUCCCGUUCUUUGUUCGUAGCUUUUUAUACCACGUUGCUAAUCGGUAAACAUAAGUAAAGGCAUUCAAGGGAGAUUAGUGUGUUUAACGGCAGUGUUUUAUCAAGGAGAAGAAAGACUGAAUAACCAGGACGAAGAGGAAAGCGAGAGAGAGUGGUCUCUGAAGGUAUCUGCUUGGUCUUAGAGUAAGAGACACAGCCGGAGAAGGAGCACUGAGAGCAGCAUGGAGGAGAACAAAAAGACCCCUGGAGCUCAGAAACCGAAAGGAAGAGAGAGACGUCACAGCUGUCAGCAAUGUGACAAAUCCUUUACAACAUCUGAAUAUUUAAAGCUCCACCUGCGUAUUCAUACUGGAGAAAAACUGCACAGCUGUGAAGAGUGUGGGAAAACGUUCACGACAUCGGGUGCUCUCAAAACACAUCAACGUAUUCACACUGGAGAAAAACCGUACAGCUGUGAAGAGUGUGGGAAAACGUUUACUCAAUCAGGUCCUCUCAAAACACAUCAGCUUAUUCACACUGGAGAAAAACCAUACAGCUGUGAAGAGUGUGGGAACACUUUCACUAAAUCAAGUAAUCUAAAAUCACAUCAACGUAUUCACACAGGAGAAAAACCGUACAGGUGUGAAGAGUGUGGGAAAACAUUCACAACAUCAGAUGCUCUCAAAACACAUCAUCGUAUUCACACAGGAGAAAAACCGCACUGUUGUGAAGAGUGUGGGAACACAUUUACUCAAUUAGGUACUCUCAAAUCACAUCAACUUAUUCACACGGGAGAGAAACCGUACAGCUGUGAAGAGUGUUUGAAAACAUUCACGACAUCAAGUGCCCUCCAAAGACAUCACCGUAUUCACACAGGAGAAAAACCUUACUGGUGUGAAGAGUGUGGGAAAAUGUUCAAGACAUCAGGUGAUCUCAAAAGACAUCACCGUAUUCACACAGGAGAAAAACCUUACUGGUGUGAAGAGUGUGGGAAAAUGUUCAAGACAUCAGGUGAACUCAAAUCACACCACCGUAUUCACACUGGAGAAAACCCAUACUGGUGUGAAGAGUGUGGGGAAACUUUUUCUCAAAGUAUCAGUCUUACCACUGAUAGUUAGUCUGUCCUUAGUCUUAGUCUGUCCACACGGUUCCGUCCGUCCCCGUGCUUGUGUGUCCGGAUCGGGAGAUGAAUGUGAUUGGUUGUUGGUCGCGCGCCAGACAUGCCCACCAGCAAUCUUCAACGCUACAGAACCGUGUGGACGAUAUGUUAAAGGUGACCUAUCAUGCAAAAUGCACUUUUGUACGUCUUUUAUACAUGAAUAUGUGUCCCCGGUGUUCCAAGUGUCAGAAAACACAACCCUCUCUCUUUUCCUCCAUACCCAAAUCUCUAAAAACGGGGCUGCAACGGAUCUGAUACAGACUGAUCCAGAUUUGAAUUAUUUUCUACAUCACAGAAGUGGUGCUCCGCCUGUAUGGCCAACUCUCCACCUAUCAGGGGAAUGUGCGGUUGGGCCACCAUCGGCCAUUGCCGCUCGAAAGCGCUGGAGACGCUGUAGUAAAUAUGCCAGGCCUGUAAGUGGCACUGUAGGCUGCCACAAAAGCAGCGAAGAAGACUUCCCGCGCAUGGUUGCCAUGGUUGCCCUUCUGUUUAUUCUCCGCUGUGGCUCUUUUUCUCCCUC